AUGCUGGCAUUAUCCGUUUCCCCAUGUACUUCAAAUGGACCAGAUCACAUAGGAUUAUAUGCAACAGCUGAAAAUUUAACACAUAAUACAUUAAAUACAAUGAAUAGUAACCAGAAUAUUCAGCCUAAUCGAAUGCAAACAAGCCAUUUUAUUUUCCAAGGAGCAACUCCACUUCUACAUGUUCCUAAUGGAUGUAAUUCUCGUUCAUCGUAUUUAAACUAUCAGCAUCAUUUAAUUCCACAGUCUCAAAUGAAUACCACGUUGCCUAAUACAUAUAACAAUUUUGAGCAAUCAUUUUUACCUGGAGUACGGUUAGGCUCAUCUGGAUUGCCUUUAGUUGCACCAGUAGCUCAAAUCGACAGUUUGAAAUACAACAACAACAACACCAACACCACCAGUAACAGCAAUAACAAUAACAGUGAACCAAUAUUAUCUUCAGAUCGUAUCAAUGGUUUCAAUGGGCCAUCACUGACAGUAGCACCAUAUGCAACUGCCUCGAUUAUUCAAAAUGCUGUGAAUAAUAUGAAUAGUACACAUGCAAAGAAAAGUUGUACUUCACCGAUAUUUUAUACACCGAACAAUGCUUUAUUUAGUGAAAAUGCUAAAUCAUCAAGUGAAUUCACUUAUGAAUUAGACGAAGGUAUAACUCCAACAUCUAUGACUACAACAAAUCAAAAUAUUGACACUUCUAAGUAUAAUUUACAAAUACAACAUUUACAAACUCCACAAAUGUUGUACACAGACUAUGCAAAUGGAUGUUCUCGUACUAAUAAUAUUGUUGAUGAAGAGAAUGAUAUGAACUCUGAAUUUUCAUCGUCUGGUCAUAGAGAACUUGGUGAAGUCUUACAAAGACAUGAUUUUAGAAAUAAAUCAAGCUCUGCAACAUCUAGUAGUAUUAAUAAUGAUGAGGAUAGAUCUUAUAAAUGGAAUAAGACAACAAGUGAUACACUUUCAUCGGAUUUUAUUAUUGUUAGUAAGUUACCUACAACAGCAACAACUACAGCAAGUUCAAACAACUCAAACCAUGUGAAACAAAAUAACUCAAAGGUAAUCACAACGUCAUAUCAACCGCAUCAAAGUUUGCAUACACCUAAAAGUGAAACAAUCGAUGCUAAUAUGUAUCCUUAUGAAAAUCGAUGUAUGAUUCCUCCACCUCCAGAAUCACCUCCUCCACCAUCACCUAAGUAUAACCAUGAUGAAAAUCAUAAUAUUAAUAAUAACUGUUCAACGAUAGAAAACGGUGAACAUUAUGAACUGACAUCAGAGUUCUCUUCGACCUCAUCAUCAUCAUCAUCUCAUUCACCCUAUCCACCGAAUCUAACAUCUAAUGAAAUAAAACACUCGACGCCUAAGUAUACAAUAGCGAAGACAAAACACGAAGAACCUGAGCAAAACUCCAAAUUUUCUAGUACUACUACUGGCAAUAUAAAAAAUUCACAUUUCAACAAUAAUUCUCAUACACACGAUCAACAUGCCUAUUAUUCGAAAUUUACUAGCAGUGAAGUAGAAGACGAAGAAGUCGACAGUGAUGCUAAUCAUCUUAAAAUUACGGAACAUGAAGAAAGAAUACCAAAUUCGAAGAAUAGCUUUAACGAAUCGAAACACCAUUUCAACUCAUCGAACCAUCAACAUUAUUCAAGAAAUCCACCAAUAUGUACCACAGAGAAACAAUCAGUUCUACAAAGACCAGUAAUGUUAUUAAGUGAGCAUAACUUAUCAAAUUCUCCGCAAUCAUCAUUUUUUCUACCGCUUGAUUUAGUCGUCUUCAUUUUAUCUGCUUACUUACUGUGUUCGCCUUUCUUGUGUAUUAGGGAUUUAUUGAGAAACUACACUUUUGUACACAAUUAA